AUGGGUGAUACGAUGACUUUUACUGCUGAAACUGCAAGAGCUGCACUUGAAGGAAUUUUGACUGCUUUAGAAAGUGAAGAAGCUUCUCAGAAGAUAAAUGAAGCUAAAGCCAAUGCAAGCAAUGAUAUGUUAAAGGUUAUGCAGUAUGUAUUUCCUUUGGUGGUACAGGUUGAAAUGGAUGUUAUUAAAAAAUUUUGGUUUACUGAUAACAGAGAAGGAAUUAUACAAUUCACCCAAAUGAUAGUUGCUCUAGAAAAAGAAGAUGAUGUUAUAGCAGACUUACAUACUCAGAUUAGGGCACAUUACUUGCCUCCAGUUAAUAUAGCAACAGAUGUUAGUCUUUGA